AUGGAUCUUUUUCAUUUACUAGGUGGUGGAGCUCAUUUCGAUAAAAAGCGCUUCAAGAACGACAUAAACCUUUUCGAAGGUGAAAAAGAAGCCAACCAAGUACAAACAAAGAAAAAGAAUGCUGCCGUCAACGAUCCUACUGUUCGUGAUCAACUCUUGCAAGAAAUCAACUUUUUCAACAACACACAUACCACAGCCAUUCCAUCUCAAGAGGAAGAAACUACCGAAAAAGAAACAACAAAAAAACUAAAGAAAGCCAAAAAGACAAACACUAUUUUCAAUAGUGUAGAAGAAGCGAAAGAAUUUAGAAAGCAAAACAAGAUUAAGGUCUAUGGUACAGACGUACCUAAUCCUUUCAGAACCUUUGAAGACCUUGCUUCACCUGCUUAUCAAUUGAGUACAACGCUUUACAACAACUUGAUGAAAGCAAAAUACAAAACGCCUACACCUGUACAAAUGCAGUCUAUUCCUAUCAUGUUGAAUGGAAGAGAUCUUAUGUCUUGUGCCCCUACAGGUUCAGGUAAAACAAUGGCUUAUUUGUUGCCCAUUUUACAUGAUUUAAAGAAGCCUGAAAAGAAGACAAGCUAUCGUGCCUUGAUUAUUGCACCCACAAGAGAAUUGGUUCAACAAAUUGCUCGUGAGGCAAACCAUCUUUCUCAAGGCACCAAGUUACGUAUCAACGUAUUGGCUAAAUCAACAGCUGCAGACAAAUCUCAAACACCAGAAUCAAGACAAAAGUUUGAUAUAUUGAUUACUACACCCUUAAGAUUAGUGUACGCUAUUAAAGAAAAAGAAGUUGACUUGAGUGCAGUCAAGCACCUUGUGUUGGAUGAAGCAGAUAAAUUAUUAGACCAAGGCUUUUUGGAUCAAACAGAUGAGAUCUUUGCUGCUUGUUCAUCUACUACCAUUCAAAAAUCACUUUUUAGCGCCACAUUUUCAUCUCAUGUAGAAGAACUCGCCAAUACAGUCAUGAAGAACCCUAUUCGUCUUGUCAUUGGUGCCAAAAAUGCUGCUACAGAUACCAUUAAACAAGAAUUGUUAUUUACAGGUACAGAAGCAGGCAAAAUGAUUGCUCUUCGUCAAUUGAUUCAAAAGGGCAUCAAGCCACCUGUGUUGAUUUUUGUACAGUCGAUUGAACGUGCUAAAGAACUCUUUCAUGAACUCAUCUUUGACGGUAUUAAUGUGGAAGUGAUUCAUUCUGACCGUACCAAAGCUCAGCGUGACAAUAUCAUUGAUCAGUUCCGAAUGGGUAAGAUUUGGGUGUUGAUUGCUACUGAAUUGAUGGCCCGUGGUCUGGAUUUCAAAGGUGUCAAUCUAGUCAUCAAUUAUGAUUUCCCUCAGACAGUGGCUAGUUAUAUUCACCGUAUUGGUCGUACAGGUCGUGCUGGUCGACAAGGUGAAGCAGUCACUUAUUAUACGCAAGACGAUAUCCAGUACAUGAAGGGUGUGGUGAAUGUGAUGAAGGAUUCUGGCUGUGAUAUUCCAGAUUGGAUGCUCAAGAUCAAGAGUGCUACACACAAUCAAAAAAGAGAAUUAAAGAAGGGAAUUGAUCGUCAACAGAUUGAUUCUACCUCAAAAUAUGACAAGUAUCAACAAAACAAGAAAAAGUAA